AUGCCUUUCACCGCCAGCGACAUCUGCAAGAUCAUCCUUGCCAUCAUCCUCCCCCCUCUGGGUGUCUUCCUGGAGCGUGGCUGCGGUGCCGACCUGCUCAUCAACAUCCUGCUGACCAUCCUCGGUACGUUUUCCCUUGCAUUUUCCCUGAGCAUUGGCUUGUUUGCUGACGCAUUGGCUCUAGGUUACCUGCCCGGUAUCAUCCACGCCCUGUACAUCAUCCUGAAGUAUUAA